CGAAAACGGUGGCUGUGGCUACUGUGUCGAUGUCGGUGUCAUCUCUGGUGCUUGAUUGAUCGGCAUUGUGACAGUGUCGGUGCAGUGAAUUGGGUAUCUGUCGAAGGACGUAUCUAACUGAGCUGUUGUAGUAGACGCAAUUCAGCGCUCUUUAUAUUUUGAGGCAAAAGAUACAAAAUUAAUCAUUUACAAUGGCUGAAUAUGUGGAAUUUCGUGCGGAGGAAAUGAUUAAAGAACUUGAACAAAUGGAGAAACUUCAAUUGUUCGACAAAUCGGAAAUUAGGCAAAUUAUAAAGAAAAGGAAAGAUUUUGAGUACAAACUGAUGAGGAGAACCAAAUGCAAAGAAGAUUUUCUUCGAUACAUACAAUAUGAAAUGGAUGUAAUGAAACUGGUCAAAAUUCGGAAAGAGACACUGGGUAUCAACCAGAACAACAUUGACUACUUAGUGGCUCGUCGCAUAGAUAAUGUAUUUAAGGGAGCACUCCACAGAUUUGGUGAUGAUAUUAGACUAUGGCUUUCAUACAUUAAAUUUUGCAAAAGAGUGCAUUUCUACGCUUCAGUUAGCCGCAUGCUGGUAAAAAUGGUGCAGGUACACAGUGAUAAACCUCAAAUGUGGAAACUUGCUGCUCGUUGGGAAUUCGAAGAGAGUAAUUCCGUGGAGAGUGCCCGGCAGUUUCUUCUCCGAGGCCUCAGAUUUCACCCGGACUCAAAACUUCUAUACACAGAGGCAUUUCAUUUGGAACUUGCUUAUGUAAAAAAAUUGCGAGCUGAGCUGGACCAGAAAAAAGAAAAGGAAGCGUCGGCAGCUGCCACAGAUGCUCCUUCAACUGUGAGUGGAGAUGCGCAGAGUGCAGCAGACACCUCCAAAAUAUCCACAACACAGCAGUUCCAAGAUGAGGCAAUUGAUGAGGUUCUUGAUGGACGACUUGCAGAGGUCAUCUACGAAUCUGCAGUAAAGAAAGUGAAUGAAGUUUCUUUCAUUAUUGGUCUCCUAGCUGUGGCAAAAGAAUUUGACUUCACAAAUAGACUUCAGAUGAAAAUCAUCAAUGACAUGCUGACACGUUACCCAAAUGACGAACUCACUUGGGAUGCCAUGGCCCGCCGAGAAUUGCAGGGGCUGCCGUAUUCGACAGACGAUGCCUCGAGCACUGAGCGUGAGCGCUCCGCACCGGAGCAGGACGCCCCUGAUGAUGGCGCCACAGAAACGCGGGAUGAGCAUGCUGGCAACAAGAAGCUUCUGGAGUCUAAAGGUCUAAGUGGGAAACUCUGCUUGAAGGAAAGAAUAAGACGUUGUGUCGCCGUGUAUGAUGCUGCCGUAAAACAACUGCCGACAGAGCGUAUGUGGUCUCUGUACAUAGAAACAAUGCAGGAACUCGCUCAGGAGGCGACUCCUUUGCCGACUUUCAAGCGGAAAAUGCUGCGUAAUGCUUACCAGGGUGCACACAGUGCUGGAAGAAUGCAGACAAAAUACUAUCUUAUGUGGGUGGACAUGCUGCAGUCAGCCGGUAAGUUGAAGAAGCUGUGUGGCGUGCUGCGCGUGGCAACAGAGCGCCUGCCGCUGAGUGCGGAGCUGUGGCACCUCCGCCUGCGGCUGCACUUGGCGCGCAACGAGGAGGACCAGGCGAUCGCAGUGUUCCGCGAUGCGGUCAGCCACUUGGGCACACGCGAGGCGGCAGCCUUGCCACUCUGGAAGGUGCUGCUGCAGUACUACCAGACCAAGAGCAUGGCGCGCGUCGAGGAGGUGUUCCAGAAUGCUGUGUCCCAGCAGGACAGCCCUGUCGCUGUCGCCCUCAAGCCACUGUACCUCGAGUGGCUGGUGUUGGUCAAAGGAAUUGUGGCAGCUCGCAAGAUGUAUGAAAAGUUGAGUGUGCAGCCUCCAUUGUGCCUCGAAAUGCACAGCAAGAUGGCUGCAUUGGAGUGCAGGGUCCCAGAGGUCAACUUCAAGCAUGUCCGCCGCUGCUAUGAGCUCGCCUGCGAGCAGUUUGGAAAAAACAAUACAGAUGUCUGGAUGGAUUACGUUAAAUUUGAACAGAAACUUGGUGAAGCAAAGAAUGUGAGUGAGAUAUAUUGGCGAGCAUUGAAGAAUUUGGAUCCGAAGCACACGGAUGCAUUCAUCAGUGAAUUCAGCCUCGUGAAGACUGGAAUGGCGGGCCAGAAUGCUGCUACUUCUUCAGUCGCUCUGUAGAGGGGCUUUUUUAAUCUCUAUUUUUGAAGGUAGUGAAGAGUGACAGUAGAUGGCCUGUCUGAAACUGUACACGGCCCUCCUACUGCAAUGGAAUUGACCAUUAUCAUCAGUGAUAGUGGGAAGCAUCAUUCUUGUGACAGCAGACACAAUUAAUGUAAUCGAGUCAGAAGAUAUGUAGUCCAUUUUGGGCUAAUGCACUGCCAUUGGUUAGUGCCAUAUGACUUCAUAAGUAAGACACUAGUAACCUUGAUGCAAGUUCUCUAUUGUGAUUGAUAUAUACGACUUUACAGAUUUUUGAAGGUAGUAAAGAGUGACAGUAGAUGGCCUGUCUGAAACUAGACAUGACCCCCUACUGCAAUGGAAUUGACCAUUAUUAUCAGUGAUAGUGGAAAGCAUCAUUCUCGUGACAGCAGACACAAUUAAUGGAAUAGAGUCAGAAGAUAUGUAGUCCAUUUUGGGCCAAUGCACUGCCAUUGGCUAGUGCCCCAUGAUGUCAUAAGUAAGACACUAGUAACGUUGACCCAAGUUCUCUAUUGUGAUUGAUUGAGGUGACACAGUGAAUAAUGCACUGGACUUUCCAACAGAGUUCAUAUCCUAGCCCAUCUGUGCAGAUUUAUGCUUUUGGUAGUGCCUCAAAAUCUGUUCAGAAAAAUGUUAGAAUUAAUCUUUUGAAAAAUACUCAGCUGAUUUUCCUUCCCUGCCUUGAUCUAUUCAAACGUGUUCCCCAUCUUGGAUGAUGAUCUUUCUAGGUUUGCUAUAUUUUUAGAUUACCACUUGUCUUUUGUUCAUUGUUUAAAGUGCUGUAUAGUAACAGGAGAAAGCAGCAAGAAAAUUGGCUAGUUUUACAUUCUCAGUUAGUUCAUAUUUAAAUUUAUGUACCAUACUAAUGUUUUGCUACUGGUAUAGACACACACUGAAAUGAAACAGCAGGCAUCUUAUCUUACAAUGUUAGGGAGAGGUAUUUAAUCUGUGGUUGCCAAAGGAGACACAUACUUGGACUGGCAUCUUCCUGUUCAGGUAUCUUACGUAGAUGAAAUUUUUUGUACACACGUACAAGGAAAUCACCAUAUCCUAUUAUUAUAUAGAAAUGUUCCAAAAGAACAGACACAAUUUCUGUAUAAUAUAUACACGCCAAAUGGCGUUACGAUGUUUCAGUGCGGAUGCACAGUAGUAUCCAACACUUGCAACAAUACAGUCCAAUUGUGAGCAAGUGAAUUAAUGGAUAGGGAGAGGUACUCCAUAGCGUGUAGCAUAUGGAGAUGUGGGUCUGACUGGGGAUGUGCUCAGUCAAGGUGGCCGCUGAUGGAAAGGUUUGACUCCUGGUUUGGCCCAAAUUUUCAUCUGCUGCUAUUGAGUUUGCUCAAUGCUCCAAUGCCGCCAAAUGUCAGAGAUUUCUUCUGUCAUUUAUUAUAUCCUACAUUUGUGUGCAUUUCAAAUAUUUGGGUAAUGUCAUUGUUUCCAGCUCACCUUUUUGUACUUUGAAAUGCUUUCCCUGUGAAAAGCUACAAAACUAUAAGUAACCUCUAAUUCUGUUGUCACUGUCAGUCAUUCAUGUAAUUAACAUGCGAGUGCUCCAGUAAAAAAAAAAAAAAUUACUUAUUUGUUGUUUUUACCAGAAGGCUGACAAUUUCCUUUUACAUUUCUAUUUAUAUUCUAAUAUUCUUGUAGUUCACCUCCUCAUAUCUCUUUUUUACUAUUCGUUUCAAGAGCUUUCUUGUUAUGAUGUAAACCCAGUUUAUUGGGUGAUUCUCCCAUAGCUUCAGGCCUUCACCAAAUAUUUGAGCACCUGUACCCAUCAGCGUUUAUUUCAUUGAAUUUUUGAUUGCCUACCUAAUUAAAGCUUUUAAACUGUUUCACUGUGUCUCUAAUUAAAUCUGAAUGAUGCACAUAUUCAUGUGCAAUGUUCAUAAUGCACUUUUUUUUAUCAAAUUUUGUAUUGAGACAGCACUCAGAUGAGCGAUGUGUAUGUUACAGUUCAAAAGGCAAAAAUAUUAAGCCGCUGUGUGCAGUUGCGAGUAGCAUUGUGCUUGUCUGAUUAACAGGGUUUUAUGUUAGGCAUCACAAAGUUCACAUACAGUCCAACUGGGUGUGUGCAAAUGAUGCCACAACUUCAUUUAUUAUAGCAACUGCAUGGCUGCAGUCCAUCACGCCACAGUACAGUUCUGAAAUUGAACACUCAGCAUUGUUCCUCCAGUAGCGCAAAUCAAAUUUCUGUCUCAGUGCUGAUGCUACAUUUAUCAUCUUUUGAGUCAAUAAAUCUGGCAAAACACAAUUAGUGCCACAUAAAAUUAUAUUUACAUCAAACUGGCUACUUCAGUAUGUGCUGUUUGGUGACAUAGUUCACCUCACAUAUUGCUACUUUGUUAGCAGUACAAUGUGUGACACAAAGAUCUGGGCCAAAUGAAGUUGGAUUUAAAAAUUGUUCCAGCAUAAAUCUAUUGUUUGAGGAAAUUUGGACUGUUGGCAGGUUGCAAGGAUCAAUGGUAACUGAUAUAAAACUUCUGACAUAUAACAUCAUGGUUGCAAAGCAGAUGUCAAAGAAACUCUGAAUUGGGAAGAUAUAAAAAUUAGGUAGAUUAAUGAUAAUUUUGCUGAUUGAAGAGUGGACACGCAGAAAAUUGAGUCAAAUGGAGAAAGGGGCUCCUUUUUUUGUCAAAGCUUCAGGUAUGUAAUGAUGUGUAAAGUCCUUGGACAUAUGCUGCUGAUUCUCUCUCCCCUCAAGGGAAAUUUUGGACUUGUGGAGAGAAAGUGCUCUGAUAUCUUCCUUUCACUGUCACCACAGGUGAAUACCAACAAUUAUUUGACACUGUUGUGAAUGGAAGUUACAAAUCUGAGUCUCAGUGGCAUCAAGAUUGAUUCAGAUAUUGUGUGGUAAGUUAAUUAUGUUUAAGUAUGCAUUAUAUUUAAGAGUGAGCAGGAUUAUGAGGUAUUUGCUCGUAAGAGGCAAAACAUUCUGGAAUUCAGCUGUGUGUUGGUGUAGUUACAUUUGGAGAGCAGUGCAACGUUCACCUAUAAAAGUGAAAACUAUGUAAAACCUGCUGAAGCUUUGUAGUGCAGAACGAAAAUGUCUGAUAAAAUAUAACUUUAGGAGAAACUGAUUUGUUUAACUUUAAAUAGCUUUAUAGUAAAUUAUACUAUGUGUAUAAGUGUUCUUUGAUGGUGUCCUUCACUUCCUCUUGAUGUGCUUAUUACUGUGAACUUUCAGUUUGCAACAUAUGAAAGUGAUCUAGUGUAGAACAGCAGCCUUGUGUUGGACAAGUACUAAGUGCAUGUUUCAGUGCACAAUUUCUGACUUUCAUUUCAAUUUGUUUUAAAUAUCCAUGAGAAUAACUAGGUAGUUUCACCACGACAGCUGUGGUUGUUAUUUACACAUCUCAAGCUAGUGAUCUGCCUCUGAUGACCAUCUCCUAGUGCUUCUUACAAGGGAAACUUCCCAUCCUACCCCCUCUGAUUUAGUGAUAAAAUGGCCCAGGGGAUAGCCCGUUAAAAAUUGAACGUAGAUCUAACAUUAAAACUGGAAGAAGGUAUACUGAACUGCAAAAAAAGAUACAGUGGACGAUCCAAGCUUAAGAUGCGCAACAUCAAGCAAGUUGCAAGCACCAUGGAAUCAUGGUUACGUCAUCACAAUGUUGGACUGCAAAGCUGAAGAUGAGUGUUCAAAUCUCACUCAUGCUCCCCCCCCCCCCCCCCCCCCCCCCCCAUGACUAAUUUUGAAAUGUCCAUCCGGUCAUUGACAUGUCUGUUCUCUUUCUGUAGCGUUGGCAAUUGUCAAGCUGUAUGUUGGUCAUAGGAUAUGAGUCAUACAGUAAGAAUAUAUUACUGUUGCAAGUAAAUGUGAUGAAAAGUGAGCGCAGGCAAGAUGACGCAUAGACCUCUCACAGAAAUGAAAACAACAAAUACAGGGUUUUUAACUAUGUUACAAAAAAGGAACUUGCGAGUUAAAACUUCAAAAUGGAGCGCAAGAGUCAUAACAUGUGGUACUUGCGUAGAACAAAGAGGAGGUACGUAUGUCUGAGGGUCCCUUCUUUACACCUCGCCGUUGCAGACGGGUGUUACACCACAACACAGACACAAAUUUGAAUUCAGAUAUGUCAAUGACUGGGCGGACAGUUCAUAAUUUUGUGGGGGAGGGGAAUGCAGCACGAGGGAGAUUUGAAAAGGAUCUUCGCCUUCACAAUCCAACAACGUGACCACGUAAACACGUCGUCAUUUUUAUUUAAAUUUGCUCAAUGUUGCACAUUUUGAGUUUGGACCAUUCGCCCUUCUUCUUGUUUUCAUGCUUGACAUGUGUUCAGUUUUUGACGGGCUAUCCACUGGACCAUCUUAUCACUACAUCUGAGGCGGUUGCAAUGGGAAGUUUCCCUUGUCAGAACCUUAGCAAAUGGAAUUUCUUCCAUGCAUUAUAAUCUAUUGACAUCCUUUUCAUAAUCAUUUUUAGAAGCUGAUUGAUAUGUAUUUUAUUACUUAAGUCAAUUGCUACUUUCGUUCACUGCAUGUUUCACAUGCCUGAUGAAUCUUCAUUUAAAAUUCCUGCUUUGUUUACAUUUCCCUUUUAUUUUGUGACCCGGCAGAUAUUUAUGCAGGUCAGCAGAUUCUUUUGGAGUAUUUCUUUUUCUUUUUUCCAUUAGAGGGAUAAAAAUACUGAAGAACAUAAACAGUGCAAUGAUGUGCUACCAACACUGUUUCUGUUGUUUUCCACACAAAUUUUCUUUUGUUUUUGAGAAAUUAAAUUUGACUCUUGGUGGAGUGGUAUUCAUCCAGUAGUUUCUGAAUAUUCUCUGUCAUAUUUUCAUGUGUUUUAUCUCUAUCCUUGUAGUAAUAUAAUAUUUCUCUUUGUGUACACCGUUUUCAACAAGCAAGUUAGCUUUAAACUUGCUACUUUUGAAGAAUCAAAUCAGAAAAGUUCCUCAGAGGUUUUCAGACACUUGCUUCAGAAUGUUUCUAAAGCCUUACUAUAUGUUAAAAUCAAGUGAAUUUAUAGAGAAAUGCUGAAUGUGCCAUAUCAUUUCUUAAACUUAUUGUGCUUAGCUUAGUGGUGUAUGUUAUUCAAGGUGUAUUGAUGUUUAGUAGUCUCAGUGUUAAAUCUUGAACAAAAACUGUGGUCCUCUUAUUCGAUGUGGUUAUUUUGUUGUCUAAAGCCCACCAAAGUGCAACAAUCUGUAAG